AUGGGAAACCCACCCAGUAGAACUGAUUUAAACAAUUCAAAUCAAACUUCAUCUUCGGUCACUUCCCCCGCUUCCCAAGAUGAUCCCGACCCGUUGCCCAUACGGUCGGUAAAUUCAGAUAAUAAACACUUAAAUAUCGAUCCUCUAAUCGAUUCAAAUAAUAACUUUACUACUAAUACCAUCAUUACUACUGAUGUUAAUCCUUUAAUUAUUAAUAAUGCGAAAAAAAACAAUAGUUUACACCUUGACAAUCAUAAUCAUUACAACCCCCACCAUCAUCAUCGCCAGUCUCACUCACAUGCUAGCUCUAACAUUCAAGCAGCCCAACCCCCCCGUUCAAGAUAUGCUGGUAUUCCUCUAGAUUAUUCAGUCUCUUCAUCUUCUGCCUCAUCCUUCGAAGAUGGCAGUUUCCCCAAUAGCCUUUGUGGUUCAUAUCUGACCUCACCUUCAGUAUCCUCAUUUAGUACAAAUCUAUCCUCCUCAAAUUAUCAGAAGACUACCCUCUACCCAAUUGAUGAAACAACAAAUUCCCUGUCCACUUUUAUGGCUUCUCCAUCAUCUUCUUCCCCUUCGUCACCUUCUUCAACCGAUUCUCAAGAUUUACCCUUUAAGUUGGAUAUCGAUAAAGAAGCAUCAUUGACCUCUCCUAAUUCAACUUCAACUUCAACUUCCUCGUCUUCUACUUCUACUUCAAACACCAAGGCUGGCAAGCUUUCCUUAUCAGUCGAAAAAUUGUCUAAACUUCAGAUAGGUGACGUCAAGCAAAACAAUCAACCAAAUGCUGUAUCACAAUUGACGAAAACUCUAAUCGAUACAAAGACUAACCAACCCACCUCUAAAAGGCAAAUCAACUUGGAUUUGGACCUCAUUAUUGAGAAAUUGGUGGCUUCUGGUCUAGCAAAGAAAAACCCUAAAUAUUUUCCCCUAUCAUAUGAUGAAAUCCGAUUUAUUUCCUCUAAAUCAAGGAGGAUUUUUAUGUCUCAGCCGAUGCUACUUGAAUUGGCUGCCCCCGUCAAAAUUGUAGGUGACAUCCAUGGCCAGUUUCAUGAUUUAUUGAGGAUUUUCAAACUUUGCGGGUUCCCGCCAAACUCAAACUACCUUUUCAUGGGUGACUAUGUUGAUCGUGGGAAACAAUCUUUGGAAACUAUGGUUUUGUUGCUGUGCUUGAAAAUCAAAUACCCUGAGAAUUUUUUCCUUUUGAGAGGAAACCACGAAACCGCAGAAAUUACAAAGAUGUAUGGAUUUUAUGAUGAAUGUAAGAGAAGAACAUCAGCUGGCGUUAAGACUUGGAAAUUGUUUGUUGAUGUUUUCAAUACAUUGCCGGUUGCCGCAACAAUAGCGGAUAAGAUUUUUUGUGUUCAUGGUGGUUUAUCUCCAGACUUACACGACUUGAAUCAAAUCAGGAAUAUCCAAAGGCCUACAGAUAUUCCAGAUGAAGGCUUGCUAGCUGAUUUGUUGUGGUCUGAUCCUCAAGAUUUGAAUGAACUUAAACCACAGGAUCCCAAGUCUAGCAAAUCAUCUUCUAAGCUGAAAUCAAAAUCGAAGCACAAGUUUCAAGAUUGGAAACCUAACGAUAGGGGGGUUUCUUAUUGUUUCAACAGUACAAUCGUCAAGAACUUUUGUAAGAAAUUUGAUUUUGAUUUGGUUGCUCGUGGUCACAUGGUUGUCGAAGAUGGCUAUGAGUUUUACGCAUCUCGUAAACUAGUGACCAUUUUUUCGGCCCCAAAUUAUUGUGGUGAAUUCAAAAAUUGGGGUGCCGUCAUGAACGUCAACAAAAAACUUAUGUGCAGUUUUGAGUUGCUUAAACCAAAGGAGAAAAAAUAA